AUGGCUUCAGAAGGAGCAUCUCCAGUGCUGGGAACGGAUGUGACCAUGAACCCCGGUGCCUCCUUGUCUACUUUCACGGCAGUGCCCUUCCCUCCACCCAUUCCUGGCGCCCAGCACCGGCCACCCUGGCAGCAGCACUUGCCACCUCCCAUCACCCCAGCAUUCCCUCCUGGCAGCAGCCUGCUGCUGCCAGCUUUCCCCAGGACGCCUUUGGUGGCUAAUGGUGGCCGUGGCCCCAGUGCCCCUGGGGCUUGCAACCUCACUGUCCAAGUCAGGUCACAAGGCAGGCCAGUGGAGGCCCCCCAGACUCAGACCUUUGUCGUUACUCAGGCCUCCCUCAACUGGGGCGCUCCAGGGGCCCUUGGCAGGAGUGCUGCAUGUCCUGCCCCCGUAUUCUUAGCAACCCCUGUGAUGGGGACCGUUGUGACUGCUCCAGCUGUUGGAGUUAGUCAGGCUGGCAAGGGAGGCUGGACCCCAGGCUUUCCUCCUCAAGCUCCACCACCAGCUGCCCAGCUGGCCCCUAUCAUUCGCCCAGUGAACUAUGGGCCAUGGCCACAUGGCACUUCCAGGGAGGGCCGCCUGGCCACCAACCAGUCCAACGAAUCGCAGGAUGGCUCCUCUAACACCCAGAGAGAGUACAGUAACUUCCUAAGUGGGCAGCACAUCAAGCCCCUGGCCCGGAGAUACUUUUGCCUGAGUCGUGAUGCAGAAGAUUUUUCCUGCUUUCUCAUCCCAGUGCUUCGAUCCGUGGCCCGCCUGAAUCCCACCAUGCCGCUGGAGGAGGGACUGCGGAGGGCCGUGCAGGAAUGGCGGCGCUUGAGCAACCUUGACCGGAUGAUCUACUACGAGAUGGCGGAAAAGUUCAUGGAAUUUGCGGCCGAGGAGGAGACGCACAUUCAGCAUUUGCAGUGGAUGCAGUGCGCGCAGGACCUGCCUCCUCCAGCCCCACCGAAGCUAGAUCCUCGGGGGCCCCCAGCCCCGAAACCACACAGAUCCCAGCGGACCCCGGAGCCCAAGGCGCCCAAGGAGAUUCCCCCUGAGACUGUGAGGGAGUAUGUGGACAGGAUGGAGGCGCUGGUGGGGCCCGUCCACUCAGCCAGAGGCAAGUCACAUGCAGAAUGUGGAAAGGACGGAAAUGAGCUGAAGCAGGAAGAGGACGACACCUGCUUGGACCCGUGUCUCUUGAGCUACAUUGACGAGCUGCGUUCCCGGGAAGACUCUGUCACCAAGGGCCAUUGUCCCACUGCCCAGUGCUCCUCCUCUCACACGUGCGAGUGGAGCUGUCACUGUCCUCCUCCCUCCUACCAGCUGGUGCAGAAACAACUCCUGGACUUGAAAGAGGACGACGGUGGGCCGGCAGCCCCGAGCCACAGUGCACCCGGAAUGGGCUCAAGUCCAUCUGAGUCCCACGCCGGCCAAGAUGCCCAGAGGCACGACCAAGACCGCCAUCGAGGGGUCAGUGAUGAAGCCUGCCCAGCAGAGAUUGAUUGUGAGGCUCUUCAUAGGCCCAUCCGAACAGACACUGGCCCGUUCGUGCUCAGAGUCUUUGUUCCCUCUCGAGGACCUCCACCACCAGCUGCCCAGCUGACCCCUAUCAUUCGCCCAGUGAACUCUGGGCCAUGGCCACAUGGCACUUCCAGGGAGGGCCGCCUGGCCACCAACCAGUCCAACGCCUCGCAGGAUGGCUCCUCUAACCCCCAGAGAGAGUACAGUAACUUCCGACGUUGGCAGCACAUCAAACCCCUGGCCCUGAGACACUUUCGCCUGAGUCCUGAUGCAGAAGCUUUCUCCUGCUUUCUCAUCCCAGUGCUUCGAUCCGUGGCCCGCCUGAAUCCCACCAUGCCGCUGGAGGAGGGACUGCGGAGGGCCGUGCAGGAAUGGCGGCGCUUGAGCAACCUUGACCGGAUGAUCUACUACGAGAUGGCGGAAAAGUUCAUGGAAUUUGCGGCCGAGGAGGAGACGCACAUUCAGCAUUUGCAGUGGAUGCAGUGCGCGCAGGACCUGCCUCCUCCAGCCCCACCGAAGCUGGAUCCUCGGGGGCCCCCAGCCCCGAAAGUGCGCCUUCAGCCAGUCUUUGUUCCCUCUCGAGGACUGAACUCUGGGCCAUGGCCACAUGGCACUUCCAGGGAGGGCCGCCUGGCCACCAACCAGUCCAACGCCUCGCAGGAUGGCUCCUCUAACCCCCAGAGAGAGUACAGUAACUUCCGACGUUGGCAGCACAUCAAACCCCUGGCCCUGAGACACUUUCGCCUGAGUCCUGAUGCAGAAGCUUUCUCCUGCUUUCUCAUCCCAGUGCUUCGAUCCGUGGCCCGCCUGAAUCCCAACAUGCCGCUGGAGGAGGGACUGCGGAGGGCCGUGCAGGAAUGGCGGCGCUUGAGCAACCUUGACCGGAUGAUCUACUACGAGAUGGCGGAAAAGGCCCAGCCCUCGCACCCGAAGCCACACAGAUCCCAGCGGACCCCGGAGCCCAAGGCGCCCAAGGAGAUUCCCCCUGAGACUGUGAGGGAGUAUGUGGACAGGAUGGAGGCGCUGGUGGGGCCCGUCCACUCAGCCAGAGGCAAGUCACAUGCAGAAUGUGGAAAGGACGGAAAUGAGCUGAAGCAGGAAGAGGACGACACCUGCUUGGACCCGUGUCUCUUGAGCUACAUUGACGAGCUGCGUUCCCGGGAAGACUCUGUCACCAAGGGCCAUUGUCCCACUGCCCAGUGCUCCUCCUCUCACACGUGCGAGUGGAGCUGUCACUGUCCUCCUCCCUCCUACCAGCUGGUGCAGAAACAACUCCUGGACUUGAAAGAGGACGACGGUGGGCCGGCAGCCCCGAGCCACAGUGCACCCGGAAUGGGCUCAAGUCCAUCUGAGUCCCACGCCGGCCAAGAUGCCCAGAGGCACGACCAAGACCGCCAUCGAGGGGUCAGUGAUGAAGCCUGCCCAGCAGAGAUUGAUUGUGAGGCUCUUCAUAGGCCCAUCCGAACAGACACUGGCCCGUUCGUGCUCAGAGUCUUUGUUCCCUCUCGAGGACUGAACUCUGGGCCAUGGCCACAUGGCACUUCCAGGGAGGGCCGCCUGGCCACCAACCAGUCCAACGCCUCGCAGGAUGGCUCCUCUAACACCCAGAGAGAGUACAGUAACUUCCGACGUUGGCAGCGCUUCAAGCCCGUGGCCCGGAGACACUUUCACCUGAGUCCUGAUGCAGAAGCUUUCUCCUGCUUUCUCAUCCCAGUGCUUCGAUCCGUGGCCCGCCUGAAUCCCACCAUGCCGCUGGAGGAGGGACUGCGGAGGGCCGUGCAGGAAUGGCGGCGCUUGAGCAACCUUGACCGGAUGAUCCACUACGAGAUGGCGGAAAAGGCCCAGCCCUCGCACCCGAAGCCACACAGAUCCCAGCGGACCCCGGAGCCCAAGGCGCCCAAGGAGAUUCCCCCUGAGACUGUGAGGGAGUAUGUGGACAGGAUGGAGGCGCUGGUGGGGCCCGUCCACUCAGCCAGAGGCAAGUCACAUGCAGAAUGUGGAAAGGACGGAAAUGAGCUGAAGCAGGAAGAGGACGACACCUGCUUGGACCCGUGUCUCUUGAGCUACAUUGACGAGCUGCGUUCCCGGGAAGACUCUGUCACCAAGGUGGAGGCAGUCAUUCACCCUCGAUCCCUGGCAGAAUUGUUUUCCCCAGACCCACAGCUGGAUCUCUUGGCCCUUGCUGAGGAGCUGAAGCAGGAGGAAGGACUCACCCCUGAAGAACUGGUGCAGAAACAACUCCUGGACUUGAAAGAGGACGACGGUGGGCCGGCAGCCCCGAGCCACAGUGCACCCGGAAUGGGCUCAAGUCCAUCUGAGUCCCACGCCGGCCAAGAUGCCCAGAGGCACGACCAAGACCGCCAUCGAGGGGUCAGUGAUGAAGCCUGCCCAGCAGAGAUUGAUUGUGAGGCUCUUCAUAGGCCCAUCCGAACAGACACUGGCCCGUUCAGGCCCAAAGUCUUUGUUCCCUCUCGAGGACGUCAGGAGGUCUCUCCAUUUCGGGCCGGACGGCCCUGUCCUCCCCAGGGUCAAAGGCACACUGGCCCUCUACUGGGACCGAGGGAUGCGUCUGUUCUCAGAGGGGCAUCUCCCGUUCGGGAGGCCCGAGGGCCCAGGGACGCGUCCAGUGAGGACAAGGAGGCGCUCCCCAGCCUGGCCUCCCUCUUGGCCUCUCUGCAGAGCCUGCCGCCUUGCGGGCUGUCCCAGACACCUGCCCCUGCCACAGGCCUGGCCUCCCCUGGAGGUUGGGGGGCCCAGAGUGCUCCCCAGGCCCCCUCCCCUCAGAGAAGAGGCCCCAGCCCAGCUCCACCAGCCGCUCCCAAGUCGAGGAAGCGGGCUCUGUGUGGGCGCCCAGCCGCUGCUGAGAAGCUGCCCAUCCCCGGGGCUGGCCACGGGGUCUCUAAGAGGCCAGCCUUGGCUCUGGGGCUGGCUUGCCCCUCACAGCCGAGAAAGAGAAAGCGUGACCCGUCUGUCACAGAGAAGAGGAGGAAGAAGAAGAGGAAGCACUGCAGCCAGUAG